AAAAGAACGUUGUUCAGUCCUACCGCAAGAGGGCGGUAAAGCGCAAAAAGCAAUCAAACCGCCGUAAAACCUAAGAAGAGAAAGAGCACUGUAGCGUUUAGUGUCAUAUUUUGGCUCUCCAAGUAACUGACAACGUUUCAGUGAGCUAGCUUGUAGCUAUCGAGUCACUUCAGCCGAAAUAACCAUGAACAUUCUCCCGAAAAAGAGCUGGCAUGUCCGCAACAAAGAUAACGUUGCCCGUGUGCGGAAAGAUGAAGCCCAGGCAGCGGAAGAAGAACGGGAGGCCAAGCGGCGAGUGGAGAGGGCAGAGCAGGAGGCCCGGACAGAAUAUCUGAGGAGGAAAGUCAGAGGUUCUUUCCAGUCAGAAGGGGAAAAAAGAAAUGAUGAUGAUGAAGGUCCAGGUGGAGAACUCCAGCAUCUGAAUUUGUUCCCCCUAGAGGAAUCCUCACUGAAGGGGAAUGAGGAAUAUCUGAAGGAAAAGAAAGAGGAGAAGGAGAAGCAGGAGCGGGCCAUUGGCUUGCUUGUGUCCCUUGGACCACAGCCUGGUUCUGAAAUCACCCCGUGGUACCUGAAAACCAAUGAAGAGAAAGGAGAAAGGAAAGAAAAGGGAAUCAGGAACACUAUUAGUGAAGAAGAGCGGGAAAAGAAGGAGCGAAAGUUAAAGGACAGUCUAGACCCGUUGAAAGUUAUGAAGAAAGCUCUAGCUGUGAAAGACAGGAUGGAACACAGGAGCAGGAAAGGAGAGAAGAGAAACAGAGGGGAGAAGAGGACGAGCUGUGGAGAGAGCUCUAUGGAGAAGUUGCGUGCUGAGCGUUUGCAGAGGGAGGCUGAGGAGAGGAGGCGAGCUAAGGCCCUGCUAGACCAGAGAAGUGGCAAAGGAAAGGAGACGGUGAAGGAGCUGAACGACAGGGAGCGACCGUACAACAGUGCCUACUUCCCUCAACUCGCCCGGAAAAGACAAAGACGAGAUCAAGACAGUUGGAGGGAUGAGAUAUUAAAAUCAUGAGCUCUGUUUGAAGACUAAUAGGUGACCAUGUUUAACACACACACACACACACACACACUCACACUUUGAAACAAUGAAGACAGCGGUCUUCAGAAGGUUCGUUUCUGCCCCUCAGUGGUGGUUGUUGUCACAGAAGGGCAGAUGGUCGAAGGGUCCAGAGCCCAGGUUGUUGGUGCUUGAAAAACUGGAAUGUGUUUAAAUAAAAGUUGAUAAGAAU